UCCUCCAUUUUGUGUUACGACUUGUGGAUCCUGAAUUUCAAAUUCUUUUUACCAAUUUUUGUAUGUUUUAUUUCUCUUCCUUAUGUGAAGUGGCAAUGGUGCUGCAAUUUUAGUUUUCUCUGAUUGUUUUCUCUCGAUUUUAGAUUGUGGUUCUUCAUUUUUCUCCCCUAUGGCAUGUUUAUCCAUGCAAAUGUCGUGUCUCCAUGAAUGCUGGUCUGUUAUUGAAUUAGGAUACAUGUCUUCAUAGUUUAAUAAUUGGGUUUGGCCCUUCCUUUAAGACCAUGAAAUUUGUAAGCUUCAUUACUGGAUCGUGUUUACAUUCCCUUCCUUACUUUGGGUUUCUACCUGUUUGUCUAUUUUUUGGUUUUCUUCUUAUGUGAAAUGGCAUAGGAGUGAGGAUUUUCACUUGAGCCUGAUGAAAUUGGCUUGAUUGUGGACCCAAAGGAGUGUUUGUUGGAAAUCAAAUUGGAUUUUUUCAUAGUGUUGGUCCUUGUUUCUUAUUUUGACAAUUGGAUUUAGCCCUUUUUUUAUGCUUUAUUUUAAGAACCAUGGGUUUUUUUUGUCUGUUUCCCUUUCCUUGGACUAUGACUCUGUUUACAUUUCCCUAAUAAUUUAUUUUAAGCAUAAAUUAUUGUUACUUACUGAAUGUUGCGAAACCAAGAGGAGAAUGAGAUCACCUAGUUCAUCUCUGAGUUGCUUAGUCUUGGGUCCUUGGUUGGAUGAACUUGUUGUUGAUGAUGGGGUCUUUGCAGAUGCCUUUGAAUCCAAGUUUCUUCUUUUCAGAAGUCAUGUUUCAGCUAAGCUUGGGGUAAACAUGCCUGAAAUUGAGAUGAGGCAUAUAAUUGCUGCAGACAUUGCCCUGAAGGGAAUAGGAAGCAUAUUCUUCAUACUUGGAAGCUCUCUUGGAGCCUAUCUUUUGCUUCUAGACCUGGCAUUUUCAGCUCCUAUUCUCUGUGACUUUUACAGCUAUGACAUGGAGAAGCCUGAGUAUGUUUUAUUGUUCCACCAGUUUCUUCAGAGUUUGGCACUGUUUGGAGCAUUGCUUUUCUUCAUUGGCAUGAAGAACUCGUUUCCAAAGAAAGUUUCCAAGAAGAAGUCACCCAAGGCAAAGACUACCUAGAUGGAUAUACUUACUUUUAUGAACAUUUGGUUUACAUGAAGCACUUAGAUCACCAUUCCAUAGUCGAAUCAACUAGGUCUUAUACGCCUAAGCCUCUAUAUAUAUCUCCUACCUGAAUUUGCGGGUAGAUUUUGUAAUGGUAGCUCUCACGUACUUGCUUCUUGGACCGGUUGAUGCAGAAUUUCUUUGUUUCUUUCCUCUUUUAAAUUUGUUGUUUUAAGAAAAUUUUGUUGGAGAACAAUUAUUAGCCAUAUUUGUUUCGGCAGUAUUGCUAUCUGUUUAUUGGCUGGAUUAGCCCAAGUCUACAAGAAUAUGUAUUUUGUUUUCGCUGAA